ACAAGCACUUUCUCCACUCUUCAAAACCACCCUCAUUUUAUAUAAACUAUCAACUAUCUAGUGCCAUAGCCAUAGCCCUCCACAUCAAUGGAAAGAAACAAGUAACUAACACUAACACAUUAAUACUAUACCUUCUUUUUUUAUUCCCACAUUCAUUCAUUUACUUUCAUUUCCUUCCAAACCCAAUUAACCCUCACUAAACCUAAUGGAGUUCGGUAGGAUCGGACCCACCGACCGGGGUGGCUCUUCACGCCGUUCUACCGCUCCACUCACCGGACCUUCUUCCGAUUCCACUUCUUCCACAACAAAGAAGAAGCUCAUCAUGAUCUCCCUCCUCGCCGCAGCCUUGAUUGUCGCCUCCGCUGUCUCCGCUGCUCUAAUUGCCGUCACUCGCUCCCGUGCCUCGCCCGGGAACUCGCCGAACCUCCGCCGGGAACCAACGCAGGCAAUCUCCAAGACCUGCAGCAAGACUCGGUUCCCCACACUUUGUAUAACCUCUCUCAUGGAUUUCCCGGGGUCCGAAACCGCCACGGAGCAGGACCUUGUCCACAUUUCCGUCAACAUGACCCUCCACCAUUUCAGCACCGCCUUCUACGCCUCCACGGGCAUCGCCUUCGGCGACACGGACACACGACUCCGUGCCGCCUACGAAGACUGCCUCGAACUCCUGGAGGACUCCAUGGAUUCGCUGUGGCGGUCGCUGAGCUCAGUGGCCCCGUCCUUGGAUUCAUCAUCCUUCGGCGAUGAAGCCAUAAGGCCCUCCGCUGUGGGUUCCACCGAGGACGUGACGACCUGGCUCAGCGCUGCGCUGACGAACCAAGACACGUGCUCGGAGGGGCUCGAGAACGCGACGGGAACACUGAAGGACCAGAUGGUUAAUAAUUUGAAGAACCUGGCAGAACACGUGAGCAAUUCUCUCGCGAUAUACUCGGCCGGAAGUGGCACUGGCGAUUUCUCGGGGGUGCCUAUACAGAACAAGAGACGGUUAAUGGGAACCGGAGAGGAGGAGAACAAAUCCAAUAACUCGCGAGAUAAUGAUAAUAAUAAUAAUAAUACUCAUUUCCCGAGAUGGUUGAGCAAACGAGAUAGGAGAUUGCUGAGUUUGCCGGUAUCGGCGAUACAAGCCGAUAUAAUAGUGUCGAAGAACAGUGAUGGAACGGUGAAGACAAUCGCAGAGGCGAUUAAGAAGGCGCCGGAGAAAAGUAGCCAUCGUUUCAUCAUAUACGUUAAGCAAGGAAGGUAUGAGGAGGAUACUUUGAAAGUGGGUAGAAAGAAAACCAACAUAAUGUUCAUAGGAGAUGGAAGGGGCAAAACGGUCAUCACAGGAAAGAAAAAUGUUGCUGAUGGCAUCACCACAUUCCGCACAGCAUCCUUCGCUGCUAGUGGUGCCGGUUUCAUUGCACGAGACAUCACAUUUGAAAACUACGCCGGACCACAGAAGCACCAAGCCGUGGCGCUUCGCGUAAGCGCCGACCACGCGGUGGUGUACCGGUGCAGCAUCAAAGGCUACCAAGACGCAUGCUAUGUACACUCCAACCGCCAGUUCUUCCGGGAAUGCGAUAUUUACGGCACCGUAGAUUUCAUAUUUGGAAAUGCCGCAGUGGUUUUCCAAAAGUGUAUUAUGUAUGCUAGAAAGCCCAUGGCCCAACAAAAAAACACUAUCACGGCCCAAAACAGAAAAGACCCAAAUCAAAACACGGGCAUAUCCAUCCAUGAUUGUCAGAUACUACCCGCCCCGGAUCUCGCGGCUGCGAAAGGCAGCGUUUCCACCUUUUUGGGCCGCCCAUGGAAGCAAUACUCAAGAACAGUGUACUUAUUGUCUUACAUGGGUGAUCACAUAAACCCAAGUGGGUGGUUGCCGUGGAAUGGGGACUUUGCAUUGGACACAUUGUAUUAUGGUGAGUACAUGAAUUCCGGGCCAGGUGCGGCCGUGGGUCAACGGGUCAAAUGGAAGGGGUACCGGGUUAUCACGUCCACAGUGGAGGCAAGUAGAUUCACGGUGGCCCAAUUUAUCUCCGGCUCGGCGUGGCUACCAUCCACCGGAGUGGCAUUCUUGGCUGGGUUGUCAACUUGAUUUCCACAAUAGCUUUAUAGAAAACCUUGACAUCCUUAAAAAGCCUAAUAAACUAAAGAUGGGAGUAAGUCACUAUAUUUCUCUAGUUCUUAUUUUGUUGUAAUUGAUAAAAAGUGUAAUUCUUAUGGGCCAAAUUUUUUCAAUUGAUGAUAAUAAUAGAAAUAAUUGUUAGUAGUGCUAUUAUUUUUUUUUAAUAAAAAUAUC